GAUCRCACCAGAAAAGCUGGGAAUUUUUUGGUUGGGCAACUGCAUCCACUGAUUACAGUUGAUGAAUCUACUCAUCCGUCAAUAGGGAGGGAUUGAGAAGUAACGUCGGAAGAACGGUGAAACAAUGGAAGAUCCCAACUGCCGCCAACAAGGAGAAUUAGUAGAGGAAUCGGAAGAAGAAGGGCCCACGUCGAUGUAUUUGGAUGAUGGAAAGCCGACGUCACCCUUUUUAGGGGACAUAGACGAACGCGGGAACAGCAAGGAUGAUGACGAUAAUAUGAUGCUUGAUGGAUUUUUAUGCGAUGAUCACAAGAAAGAUCAARACGAUCUUGAUCUGGAUGCAUUGUUGGGAGAUGAUUGUAGUGAAGCUGAURAUGAUAACUGUGGCGACAACGUUGAURUCAAUCGUGACGAAAAUAACGAAGAAGCGGACAAUGCUGAUAAAUCAGAUGGUGAUGAAAGCAAGACGAAUGARAACCAUGGCGAUAAGGAGAUACUACGUAUUACAGUACAGUCGGAUGGCCAUCGUGAAAUUAGUGGUUCUGUCAAUGCCACGGCUACCGUUGACACCGAUACCGAUCAAUCUCAGAAAGAAGAACAUAAUGCAAUCGUUGAAYUGCCAAAAACCAAAUUUGAAACUGCAGCUGUUUCUAAAGAAGAUGCUAGUGACAAGUACUCUCGCCAACCAGAGCAAAAUCAAACCAAACCAUCGAAUGCUAUAAUUGAAGGUGAAUCCAUUACURAAGACGUYAUUGAUGCCAAUCAAUCUCGGGAACGAACGCAAAAUAAUAUUGUAGAAACUCCGGAAGCCACAUCAGAUGAAUCAUCGCCAUCUCCUCCAGUUGUKGAAUUCGAGGAAGAUGAUGAUCUGGAUUUAGAUGCGCUGCUAGAUAGUGAUCACGAGGCUGACGAUGCCGAUAAAGUCGCUGGUAGCAAYUGCAAAGAUGCUAAUAUUAUUGAAGAAAAGAAUGUUAUCAAAUCUCAAUCUCGGGAAGAAGGACGAAAUAAUACUUUAGGGACGCCAAGGAUUGAAUCCGAGGAAACGACUAUGCCUUCGGUUUUGAAAGAAGAGAAAGACGAUCUUGAUGAUCUGGAUUUAGAUGCAUUAUUGGAUGAUGAUCACGAAAAAGARCUUGAUGAUAAAACCAURGCGAACGAUGGGAAUGAGAUCAUUGAUGGAGAMAAAGGAGCRUCUAGUUYAGUCGUUUCAGUAGAUAAUURUGAUGACUCUUUUCCGAAUGACRAAGAUAAAAAGGACAGUGGYAAAAUUCAUUCUAGACGUAACGAAAAAGAGCUACCAAAUGMCAUUGCCUCCGUCUCUACAGAAGAUGAGAUCGCACUCGAGUUAGAUAUGCUUCUCGAUGGAGAAGAUAAUCACAUCGACUCGAAAGAACAAGAAAAGGCUGAAAUCAAUACCGAAAAAAAUUCCGAUCAGAAUCUUGCCAUUCCUGUUACYACAGAGGACAAGGUAGCCCUCGAGCUCGACGCGCUAUUAGAUGGAGAACACGAUGAAGUCGAACCAAGUUUCCAAGUGAUAGAGGAAGAUUCUACAAUCCAAAUGUCGUCAAAUUUAACCCAAAAGGCCGCUACGACUACCGRAAAAAUUGGGAACGACAUUCGGAGAACUUUGUUUCAAUCGCCCAAUAAGGUCUCCGAAGCUGCGACCCUGAAAAGGCAGGAAAAGAUUGUGAGGGAACCUGAGAGACGUGCAACCAAGAAACAAUCCAUGGGAGAAAUACUAAAUCGCAAUUCCUCUUCGAUCACSGCUUCAUUAUCACAGUCUAAGAAAAAGAUUGUGUCGACCAGGGAUAAGGUGAGAGACUACUCUCGCGAUCUGACCAAGAGGGCGUCGGAUCGAAUGAAAAAAGAUUCCUCAUCUAUGGUGACAGGGAUCGACCAAAAGUUUGAUUUGUCAUCACCCAGAUCCUUUAUGUUGUCGACACUCAGUUCUGCGAGAAGGUUUGGGGGACAGGUUGCUGAGGAGGURAAACAAAAGAAACCAAAAUCAUUAUGGGGAGAUAAUGAGAACAUGAAGGGCUUUCGAAACUAUAUGAGAUCUACUAUUACCUUUUCAAACAAGGUAUCGGAGACUCAAAAUCUCGAACAGCAGAAAGCGGAGCUAAAACAGGUGAGAGCACAGAAAAUUGUGAUGAAUCGAGUACCCUGGAAAAACAAGGAAAGACCUACUCGAAUAACAACUAKCAGUCACGAUGACGCCAACAGAAUGGUGUCUCCAUUACCUACUCCAUCUUGCCAACGUACUUCACCCGUUUUUUCGGGAACCAUUUCUUCUAUUACGAAGGUUGCAGCUGCAAAACUCCUCCGAAAACAAAAAGCAGAAGAAAGGGAAGCAGAGAUCAAAAAAUGCGUCGUUGAUCUUAGUCCAAGGGGAGAAAGCAUAGAAACGGUUUCACGAUUCAUGAAUCCCAACGUCGAUGCCAAUAGGUUGCACACUCCCUGGCGUAGUCAAGUGCGCAGCCCACGCAGUGUCGCUUCCAAAACAUCAAGCAGAAUGAGUGCAGGUGUUCGAUACKCCUCCGCCUCCCCUGCAAUAUCUUUUUCUGAUAAAUCAAUUGGAUCAGUGAGUUCUCAAUGCACUGUCGAAUCAUUCGUUAGUCCACGGAGGGAGGGGAUYCGUGGAUGUCAAAAUMAAUUUGAUCCAUUUCUUCAUGAAGCAAGGGGUCCAUGCGAACUUUGCGUAUUUCGUCUACCACAGAAGGAAAGGGAGAAAUUGGAUGCACGGGGAAGGCAUUUGCUAGUUCAGUUCACAACAGGAGGAUGUCGAGAUUGUGCUGCGUUCCCAAAAUCUGUGGAUGAGCCUCAUGUCAGGUUGUGCAACAAGUGCCACUCUGUCUCUCAUCGAGUAGUAGAUACCAGGCRCCGCAAAGUGGGGAAUGGUACACACAUAGGGUACUCCUUCGCAAAGGUAUCWGAGGGGUACAGUUCAAUUAUGCAGCAUCAGUUUGAUCAGUAGUGUCUACAAUGAUAUUAAAGGGGUUCAAGUUAGUUGUAUAUGUGUAGUUGUGAAGAAAUUGAUGGCAUAAAUUUUUCUYCUUUAU